CUUGGUCAGGGUUACGGAUUGGGAACUUGCAGGCGCGCCAGUUCCACAACUUCCCAGGGAGUCAUUGUGAACCUUUGUGAGCCUUUGUCAGCAUGGACACAAUUUAGAUCUCCCGAUGACAGGGUGCAGCCCUGUGUUUGCCAUGCAGCACAUUGUGGGUGUGACCUAUGUACUGGUGCGAAGGGGUCUCCUUGGAAGGGACCUCAUUAUGACCAGGACUCUCUGCAGCCCAGGCCCUAGCCAGCCUGGAGAGAAAAGACCUGAAGAGGCCCUGGGAGUAUAUCACCGUCUCCCAGCACUGGGAAGAGCGCUGGGGCACAGUAUUCGGCAGCAAGCGUCCUCCACAGCCAAGACUUGGUGGGACAGAUAUGAAGAGUUUGUUGGACUCAAUGAAGUUCGAGAGGCCCAAGGAAACGUGACUGAGGCAGAGAAAGUGUUCAUGGUGGCUCGAGGGCUUGUCCGAGAGGCUCGGGAGGACUUGGAAGUUCAGCAGGUCAAGCUGAAGGAGGUGAGAGACCGUUUGGACCGUGUCUCCAGGGAGGACAAUCAGUACUUGGAACUGGCUACUUUGGAGCACAGGAUGCUGCAGGAGGAGAAGAGGCUUCGCAUGGCUUAUCUGCAUGCAGAAGACUCUGAGCGAGAGAAGUUCUCCCUCUUUUCUGCAGCUGUGCGGGAAAGUCACGAGAAGGAGCGUGCAAGGGCUGAAAGGACUAAGAACUGGUCCCUCAUUGGGUCAGUCCUAGGAGCCCUAAUUGGUGUGGCUGGCUCCACCUAUGUGAACCGUGUACGGCUACAGGAACUGAAGGUCUUACUCCUGGAGGCACAGAAGGGGCCUGUGAGUCUCCAGGAGGCCAUCCGGGAACAGGCAUCUAGCUACUCCCUUCAGCAGAAGGACCUCCACAACCUCAUGGUGGACCUGAGGGGCCUGAUGCAUGCUGGGCUGGGGCAGGGCUCUGGGUCAUGGGCAGCUACUUCCCCCACUGGAGACAGAGACACAGAUGUCCUGUCAGCUGCCUUGAAAGAGCAGCUCAGUCAUUCUAAGCAGGUCCAAUCAUGUCUAGAGGGUUUACGAGAACAACUUGAUGGCCUAGAAAAGACUUCCAGCCAAAUGGCUGAGGUGGUUCACCUUGCAAAGGCUGCAGCACACCCAGGCCUGGUGGAACCAGCAGACAGGGUUCUCCCCAGUUCCUUGUUGGAACAGGGGAGCGUGAUGUUGGCACUGUCAGAUAUGGAGCAGAGGCUAGAAACCCAUGUCAAUAGGAACACCAUUUAUAGCACACUGCUUACCUGUGUGACAUUCGUGGUCACACUGCCUGUGCUCUACAUGCUGUUCAGGUCCAGCUAGCCCCUGGACCCUCCUCAAGAGUGUGGAUUUAGUUAGAGAAUCCCAGCAACGGAUUGAGUCUUUGGGGGUGCACACCACCUCAGCCUGAAGGAGCACCAUCUGUGUGGCUUGCCAGCAGGCAUACUUUGUUUUGUAGGCAAUGUUCGUUUACAUGAAUUAUCAAAACUUUGUACAAAUGUCUUAUGAAAAUGUCUUAAAUUUGUAUUAUUUAAAA